AUGCCGAGUCGAUCUCGGACUGUAGCCUACGGGCGAGUCCAUAACCUCCAAGUUGUCUCUGUGACACCCUUAGCUUCAAGCAAAGAUGGGUACUGGGUGAUCUUCAUCCAUGGCGGUGCCUGGAGAGAUCCAACCGUUAAGGACACGGCGUUCAAUGCAGCCGAGUCUAUACUGCGUGACACACCAGACCUCCCUAUCGCCGGCUUUGCUUCAAUCUCAUACCGUCUAAGCGCACACCCAAACCAUCCCCAAGACCCGAUCAACACUUCCCCCACGAUUACCGCGAUGCGAAACACCCCGAUCAUAUUCGGGAUCUGCGGCGCAACGCUUGCCUUCCAGGCAGUGAUGGGCGCGGUGUCGAACCAUCGCGAGCAGGCCUUCAGCGAAACAAAGGAGAACCCAAAAAUCAGCGUUGGGGUUGUCUCGGCCUCGCCAGGUCCUUUGCCGCCCCCGUUGACGGCACAACCUACCGCCAUUGUCGGGGUGGCGGGUAUAUAUGAUCUGAGGCGGUUGCGCGACUCGCAUCCUGAUAUCUCAGCCUACUCGGAGUUCAUAGAGGGGGCGUUUGGAGCCGAUGAAUUGCUCUGGGAUGGAGUAUCGCCCGCACAAAUGGCUGGCUCGCGCGGAGUGGAGGGUGGCUGGAAGUCUGGGAGGUUAGCUGUUCUGGCGCAUUCCAAAGAUGAUGAGCUGGUCGAUGAGUCUCAGCUUGACGCUAUGGAGGAAAGUCUCAAACAGUGGGGGAAACUUGAGGCUCAGAUCCCUGUCCAGGAAUUGUCGCACCGCGAUCGACGGGUCCGCGUCUUGCCCAUCAGUGGCGCCCAUGAUGAAGCCUGGGAGAGAGGCGACCAAUUGGCUUAUGCCAUCAUCUAUGCUCUCGAGCAACUGCGGGAAAUGGGGCUGGUCCCUCAGUGA